AUGUCUUUAUCAUUUAGUCGAUUGCCCUCUACGGCGAGAAUCACCCCAGCGCCGUUCAAAAUAUCCUUCUCGGAUAACGAACUGGAGGAUCUAAAGACGCUGGUCAGACUGGCGCGGACAGCGCCUCGUACCUACGAGAACUCGCAGCAGGACCGUCGUUAUGGGAUUACAUCGGACUGGCUGAAUGACCUCAAGGAGCAGUGGACAAAGGACUUUGACUGGAAAGCAACCGAGGCCCGUAUCAAUGAAUUUCCGCAGUUCACUACUACCAUUGAGGGAAUGAGUAUCCAUUUUGCGGCCCUGUUCUCGGAACAAGAUGAUGCUGUGCCCAUCCUUCUGCUUCAUGGAUGGCCAGGAAGCUUCCAAGAAUUCCUGCCUCUUCUUAAGUUAUUCCGGGAGGAAUUUACGCCGGCUAAUCUGCCUUAUCACCUCAUUGUUCCCUCCCUUCCCGGAUACACCUUGUCGUCUGGUCCUCCGGUGGACAAGAACUUUACCACGGAAGACAUUGCUCGAGUCGUUGAUCAAUUGAUGAAAGACCUUGGAUUUGGGGGCGGCUAUGUAGCUCAGGGAGGGGACAUUGGGAGCAGAAUUGGGAGAGUGCUCGCUGUGGAUCAUGAUAGUUGCAAAGCUGUACACUUAAACGCUUGCUUCAUGCAACGCCCUAAUGGCUUUUCGGAUGAGUUUCUCAAUGAGUUCGAGCAACGCGGGUUGAAGAGGGCAGGAGACUUUGUGACGAGGGGCACUGCCUAUGCUUAUGAGCAUGGCACCAGACCUAGUACCAUUGGCCAUGUUCUAGCGUCUAAUCCUAUCGCCUUGCUUGCGUGGGUUGGAGAGAAGUACCUGGACUGGGUUGAUGAUCCUCUUUCAUCCACGACCAUUCUCGAAUUCGCGUCGCUCUACUGGCUGACAGAGACAUUCCCACGCGCAAUAUACCCUUAUCGCGAGAACUUUCCUCCUAAGGGCACUCCUGCUGGCAACGACCCUCGUUGGUACAUCUCCAAGCCAUUCGGUUUCUCGUACUUCCCCAAUGAAGUGCUUCCCGUUCCACGCUCUUGGGUUGAAACUUCAGGAAACUUGGUAUUUUGGCGGGAACACCAAAAGGGCGGUCAUUUUGCUGCUCUUGAGAGACCGGAGCAGAUCAAGGCGGACUUGACGGAUUUUGUCAAGCAGAUCUGGACGUGA